AUGGUACCACGUCUAAAUGCUGUCCACCAGACGAUUCCGGAUGAGGAGGCGGCAGAUGAGGAGUGGGGCGGGGCCUGGUGCCCGGGUGCCCGCGCUCCAGGAAGCGCGCCCGGAGCGGUGGGCCGCGCGCGCAAAGUCGCUGCACGUGGCUCGGCACGUGACUCCGCGCCUGGCCCGGGGCGCGGAGGCCGCACCCUGGAGCCGCCGGGCUCGGUCGCCGAGGCGGUGUCGUCCCUGACCAUCGCCGACGCGUUCGUCGAGGCCGGCGAGAGCCCGGGCCCGCCCCCGCCGCCCCCCGCGCCGCCCCGGAGGUUCAUCUGCUCCUUCCCCGACUGCAGCGCCAGUUACAACAAGGCCUGGAAGCUUGACGCGCACCUGUGCAAGCACACGGGGGAGAGACCAUUUGUUUGUGACCAUGAAGGCUGUGGCAAAGCCUUUGUCAGGGACUAUCAUCUGAGUCGCCAUAUCCUGAGUCAUACUGGAGAAAAGCCAUUUGUUUGUGCAGCUGUUGGCUGUGACCAAAAAUUCAACACAAAAUCAAACUUGAAGAAACAUUUUGAACGCAAACAUGAAAAUCAGCAAAAACAUUAUGUAUGCAAUUUUGAAGGUUGUCAGAAGACCUUUAAGAAACAUCAGCAGCUGAAAACCCAUCAGUGCCAGCAUACCAACGAACCACUAUUCAAGUGUACCCAGGAAGGAUGUGGGAAGCACUUUGCCACACCCAGCAAGCUGAAACGACACAGCAAGAUCCACGAGGGCUAUAUUUGUCAAAAAGGAUGUUCCUUUGUGGCAAAAACAUGGACAGAACUUCUGAAACAUGUGAGAGAAACCCAUAGAGAGGAGAUAACAUGUGAAGUAUGCCAGAAGACAUUUAAACACAAAGAUCACCUUAAGCAACACAUGAAAGCUCAUGCCCCAGAAAGGGAUGUAUACCGAUGUCCACGAGACGGCUGUGGAAGAACCUACACGACUGUGUUUAAUCUCCAGAGCCAUGUCCUCUCUUUUCACGAGGAAAGGCGUCCUUUUGUGUGUGAACACGCUGGCUGUGGCAAAACGUUUGCAAUGAAACAAAGUCUCAGUAGGCAUGCUGUUGUGCAUGAUCCUGACAAGAAGAAAAUGAAGCUCAAAGUAAAAAAGUCUCGUGAAAAACGAAGUUUGGCCUCUCGUCUCAGUGGAUAUAUCCCUCCUAAAAGGAAACAAGAAAAGCAAGGCUUAUCUUUGUCAAAAAAUGGAGAGUUACUGAACUGUGUGAAAGACCAGGUGCUCACCACAGUUGCAAUACUUACCCGUAACUAAAUAUCAGUUGCGUUGUUUGGAGGACCACAGACCAAUGAGCUCAGCUAUUUUCUCUCAGAAGUGUAUUUUUCUUUAUUAAAAUCAUAGUUGUAGAACAUCUGAA